ACACGGAAAUAAAUAACACCGAUUGACGAUUUGUAAAAUAAAAAGGUAGUUGGCCGCAAUGUUUAAAUUUUCGAUUGGCUGAUCAGUGAAAAUGAUAUUCACGCCCAUUUUACUCCGGUCUACAGUAAUAUCUACUUGGAAGAUUGAGUUAAAGUUUCACAGUGCGUUGACGGUUACAGUGAUACUGUAUUCACAUUCUACUGGCGUGAGUUAGUAUUCGUAUACUGUCGAAAUAUCUGUCACCACCUGUUCAUGGGGAGGAUUCGGGGAGAUUUAGUAUUCCAGUCAACGUGUGCCUAAAAGGAUGAGUGCAAAAAAACUGCGAGUUGCUGUAAUUGGUGCUGGAGCUUCAGGCCUCUGCGCUGCCAGACAUCUCCUACUACACCAAGACAUCUUCUUUCCUCCAGUGGUUUAUGAAAGGACGAACCAUGUUGCAGGAAUUUGGGUGUAUAAUGAACGGUUUGGCCAAGAUGAAAGUGGUCUGCCUGUUCACAGUUGUAUGUACCGUGACCUCAGAACAAACCUUCCAAAGGAAGUAAUGGCUUUCCCAGAUUAUCCAUUUGAUCCAUCGCUACCUUCCUUCAUGCACCAAACUCAGGUCAGGCAGUAUCUGGAAGAAUACUGCAACAGUUCUGGCAUCACUGAACACAUAAGGUUCAGUACCCUGGUAGAAGAUGUGAGGCCCAUCAUUACAGAACCAUCCACUAGUGGAACAACAUGGCAGGUCUCCUCCAUCAAAGGAAAACAGACUUUUACAGACUGCUUUGAAGCUGUAUUUGUUUGUAAUGGACAUUACUCUGUCCCUCAUAUUCCUGAGAUUCCUGGUUUGGAGAACUUUACAGGACGUAUAAUGCACAGCCAUGAUUAUCGAACACCAGAACCAUUCACUGGACAAAGUGUGGUCUUGUUGGGUGUGGGACAUUCAGGACUGGACAUCGCACUGGAUUUGUCUUCUGUCACAGCCCAUUUAACAAUAAGUCACAACAAAAGUCCUUUAUCUUGCCCACUACCCAAAGGAGUGUAUCAAGUCCCUGGAGUGAGAUCAGUGAAUAAACAGGGGGAACUUGUGUUUGAGGAUGGUACACGAACCAAACCUGACAUCUUCAUGUUUUGCACAGGCUAUAAAUACACAUUUCCCUUCUUGUCACAAGAAGUUGCUGUGCAUGUGCAUGAGAAUUACAUUACCCCCUUAUACAAGCAUCUGGUGCACACUGCCUUCCCAUCUCUCUUCUUCAUUGGCCUUUGUCAGAUGAUCUGCCCAUUCCCAUUUUUUCACUGUCAGGUGUUGUUUGCCUUGGCCGUGCUGAAUGGUUCAUGCAAAUUGCCUACUCGUGAUCAAAUGGACCAAGAAACAGCUCAGGAAACUUUCUCUCGCCUUCAAAGUGGGAUAUUACCACGCCACCUUAUUAGAGUGGGUUCUGAACAGUGGAACUACACUGACAAACUGGCACAGAUGGGUGGGUUUCCCCCUCUGCCAUGUUUUACCAGAAGUCUAUAUGAGGAAGUUGGCAGGUGCAGAAAAGCAGACCCCAAUAUAUAUAAGACGCAAAACUAUGAAAUUGUGAAUGAGCACGAGUGGAAGCACAAACAAAAAUCUAGUGUAGAUAAGAGCAAUUAGAACAUGUUGUGGACAUUGGAUUCCUGAUCAUCUUAGCCUAGAAUGGCUAUUUCUAUGAAUUGGAGCUGACCGGCCAGACAGAUAUACUGAACAUUGUUAAGCAUUUCAGAGAAAAGGAAGUUUAUAUUUAAACAGGUAGAAAUUUAUUGUCUGAAUUUCUAUAGCGCACAUCAGCUAAAAGUUGUCUUUGUUAGAAGAUGUGUAAUACUGGUUCCUAGGACUGAUCUUUGGUGCUCAGUGAUGGAUUAAUUGUUUUUUUUUUUAAUUAAGUCCAUGUUACAUUGUAGACUUCAUCUGCAUGAUCUUAGAGAGUAAGGGACUGGCAGUGCUGUGAAUACUAAACUUGUGUAGUAAGACAUACCCAGUGACUCAAUCCGAAUAGUUUGCAAUUAUCCCUGAUAAAAUUAAACAGAUUUGAUUUUGUCUUGAAUCGUAGGGAAGCAGUGCACACUUGCCCUAAAGUACAAUGCAUAUAAUACACUGAUAAGAAAUAAGGAACAUUGGCGUUUAGUACCUGACAUACAUGAGACAAGCUCGUCUGUCUAAUGUUGCAUAUUUUAUGUGCAUGGCAAAAUGAUAA